UCUGGCAGUGACACUGAGAGACUGAAUCGAAGAGCUGAAAUACGUUUUGGCUCGAAAUCAAACAUAAAAAUCCUUCAAAAGUUUCACUCCAAAGUACUACGCAAAUAGACAAAAGCAUCAUCGUAUGUUUGCAACGAAAUAUGAUAAUAAACCGCAGUUGGGUCUGCGCCACCGAAACGAGUAGGAUUGAUUCUCAGUCAGUGAUUCACUUCAAUAGGGUUCGCAAAAGGUUUUCGAUAAAUACUUUGCUGCUACCUUAACUACAUUAAAAUAUGACGCUAAGCAUAAAAACCGUGCUUUGCGACAGAAGUUACCAGCUGAACACAGUAUUUUAAAUUUUUGUACGAUUACGGCUUUGAAAUAUUUGUCCUUCAUAAAUUUUGUGUAAUUCAAUUUUUCGUUGUGUUGACAAUUCCCGAUUUAAAGCGUCGAGAAAAAGCUUCAGAGAAAAUGGUGCUUCUGCAAGUAAAACGUGGCGAUGAGAAUCUCUUCAUUUACGAGACUAACGUCGGAGAGGGCACCACUGAGAUUAUACGCGAUAUUACCGCUAUUUACAACGGCCGCUUGAAAGUCUAUCGCAUUUGCUCGGAAAUUGAAGAGCUUAUUGAGCAUGGAACCAUGUUGCCACCCGAAAUGAUUGGAUUGACUGACGAACAAAUUUUAGAAUUGAAAUUGAGCGAUAUCUGGGCUGAGAAAUGCGUACCGGCAGGUGGGUAUGUCAUCAAUAAAGAUCCAUUAGGCCGUCGUAAUGGGCAGCGGCCACAAGAGAAAAUGCGUGAAAUACUGAAGAAGGCAAUGGAAGAUGCUAAGAAAAUCAUUGAAAAGAAAUUAGUACAGGCUCGCCAACCGCUGAAUUUAAAAAAUGUUGACGAAGCUUUGAAUUUGUUACGCGGCGCCAUUACCAUUGUUUACCCAAUGCAAUUGCCACCAUAUGAUAUUAUUCGCAUGGAGUUUACCAAUACGGAGGAUCUGAGUGGCACCCAGGCUUCACGUGAAGUUAUCGAAUCGGCAAAGGCACAGUUAUGGUUUGCUGGCAAGCAAGUACUGCCCGAAAAGAAAUUGCACGAAUACAUAGGCAUGAAUGAUAAGACUAAAGUUGUUGUGAAAAUAAAUAAACAUGGCGAAGGUCCACCCAGUCGCGAAGCUGUACUGACGGAAGAUAUACGUAAACGUAUGAUGGCCGAGGCUUAUCGCAGACAAGAAGAGUUGAAGGGUAAAUAAAAAACGAGAACGAGAAAACUAAAUUCAUAUUCACUUUCACUCGGAUU